UCUUUUAUUGUCAUGUGCAGUGGAGAUGGAAGCGUGACUCCGAUUGAAACAGUUUCGCACUUCGUAGCUUCAUUCCUUUCGUGCAUAAACAUCAUUCGGCGGUAUGUUGCGUGUGCUGAGGAAAUUUCAACACUUCCGGUGUUUCUCAUCCGCGGCUUUGCCAGCACCAGAUGUAAAUCCGCCGAUUUUAUAUACUGGCAUAUUUAUCAAUAAUGACUGGCAUAAAGCUAAAAGUGAAAAGACAUUUCCCACCAUCAAUCCUGCUACUGGCGAAGUAAUUGCCGAAGUACAAGAAGGUGAUAGCGCGGACAUUAAUUUUGCUGUACAAGCUGCUAAUAAGGCUUUUAAAAGGAAUUCACCAUGGAGAACUAUGGACGCAUCUGAGCGAGGAGUUCUUUUAAAUAAAUUAGCAGAUUUGAUAGAACGUGACCAUAAAUAUCUUGCGUCUUUAGAAACUUUAGAUAACGGCAAACCUUACUCAUCUGCAUACCAUGUAGAUGUUCCCUUUAGUAUUCAAGUGCUAAGAUAUUAUGCAGGAUGGGCUGACAAGAAUCAUGGAAAAGUUAUACCAGCUGAUGGAAAAGUUUUUGCAUAUACUAGACACGAGCCAGUAGGAGUAUGUGGUCAAAUUAUUCCAUGGAACUUUCCAAUGUUGAUGAUGGCUUGGAAAAUAGGACCAGCUUUAGCUACAGGAAACGUUGUCGUUUUAAAACCUGCAGAACAGACUCCGUUAACAGCACUUUAUAUAGCACAAUUGACCAAAGAAGCCGGAUUUCCUGACGGAGUAGUCAAUGUUGUUCCCGGUUUUGGUAAAACUGGAGCAGCAUUAGUAACUCAUGAUAAAGUUGAUAAAAUCGCAUUUACGGGAUCUACAGAAGUUGGACAGUUAAUAAGUCAAAAUGCUGCUAUACACAAAUUAAAAAGAACUACAUUAGAAUUAGGUGGAAAAUCUCCUAAUAUUAUUCUUAAGGAUGUCGAUUUAAAUCAGGCAGUAGAAGCAGCACAUUUUGGAUUAUUUUUUAAUAUGGGUCAAUGUUGCUGCGCAGGAUCUAGAACUUUUGUUCAAGCAAAUAUUUAUGAUGAGUUUGUAGAAAAAAGUGCGCUUCGCGCCAAAUCUAGGACCGUGGGAGAUCCAUUUGAUUUGAAAAUAGAACAAGGCCCACAGAUUGACGAACAGCAAGUAAACAAAAUUAUGGAUUUGAUAAAAUCCGGUAAAGAACAAGGUGCUAGUUUAGUAACAGGUGGUGAACGCAUUGGCGAUAAAGGAUACUUUGUCGCUCCAACAGUAUUUGCAGAUGUUAAAGAUGAUAUGACUAUAGCUAAGGAAGAAAUAUUUGGUCCGGUUCAGCAGAUCUUAAAGUUCGAUGAUUUGGACGAAGUUAUUGAACGUGCUAAUAACACCGAUUAUGGAUUAGCUGCUGCAGUCUUCACAAAAGAUAUUGACAAAGCAAAUUAUAUAACGCAGGGUCUUCGUGCUGGUACUGUAUGGGUCAAUACGUACAAUGCUAUUAUUUCUCAAGUUCCAUUUGGUGGUUAUAAAAUGUCUGGACAUGGAAGAGAACUCGGAGAAUAUGGUCUUCAGGCGUAUACAGAGGUAAAAAGUGUAAUCGUUCAAAUGAAUGAGAAAAAUUCGUAAAAACUGUACUAAUGUCUCUGCGCAACAAUUUUUUAAAGACAACCAUUGUUUUACUUAAAGAAAAUUUUUUACAUAAUUCUAAGAUGUAUUUUAGGUUUUAACUAUUUUUCAUAGAAUAUAUUUUUGCUACAGAAA